UUGCAGAUGGCACACAUGUGGAAGGUGCCAGGGAGGCUAUGGAGGAGGCCACAGACGAGCUCUCCCUCAUGGGCUCCUUCUCCUUUGUGCGGAGCCUCCCGCAUAGGGAUGAGCUGCUGGGGGCAGCCCUCAACUUCCUCACAGAGGGCUGUAUUUUGACUGCUCUCAAUCAUUAAGUGGAGCUGGGAAUUGACUAUUUAAUGGACUGAGACCUUUGUGUUGGAGUGAAAAGUUAUCAUGUGUUCCAAAAUAAUCUACAUUUAUAUUAAUUGAAAGGAUUCCUUGUCUAAUUGAUUUUUAUCUAAACAUUAUGUACAAUGGAGUAGGCUAGAACAGGCUUCAGAGCAACAGACUUGGAUAUUCUAUCACCUUAUAUUUUCUCUGAUCUAUUAUCUCAUUGAUUUUACAGAUUCAAAGAAGGGUUGGAGACCUUCGGGAUUCUAGCCCUUUUGAGGAUCCACCAUGAGGAGCUCAAGGGGGUCUUCAUGGACACACCUGAGCCGCUGCUGGCCUCCCGGUUGGAGUCCACAUUCAUGACAUCCUACCUGUCUGAGCAGGGCUCCAAUCAGAGGAGGAAGGAGGCCAGGACCCUUAUAUAUUGGAGGGACUGGCUGAUCGAGGUGGAGGAUGGAGAUCCGAGUCUCACCCUGGGGGCGGUUUUGGCAUUUGCCACGGGCCUCAAAAGGAUUCCUGCUGUGGGUUUUCCCAUCGGACCCCGGCUUGAAUUCCUCCAUGAGGAAGAUGGACCGGCCCUUUUCCCCACGGCCAAUACCUGUUCCCUGGUCCUCAGGCUACCGGUGUAUCCGGAGUACAAUCGAUUUAAGGAGGCCAUGGAGGAAGGAAUAACCUCCUGUGGGAGUACCUUUGGCGUGGCCUAAUUUGGUGCCCAACCCCGUGGAAGGACGCUUGGAGUGCCCCACACACACACAGGGAAGGACGCUUGAAGUGCCCUCACACACACACACACAGGGAAGGACGCUUGGAGUGCCCCCACACACACACAGGGAAGGACGCUUGGAGUGCCCCCACACACACAGGGAAGGACGCUUGAAGUGCCCCCACACACACACACACACACACAGGGAAGGACGCUUGAAGUGCCCCCACACACACACACACAGGGAAGGACGCUUGGAGUGCCCCCACACACACACAGGGAAGGACGCUUGGAGUGCCCCCACACACACAGGGAAGGACGCUUGAAGUGCCCCCACACACACACACACACAGGGAAGGACGCUUGGAGUGCCCCCACACACACACAGGGAAGGACGCUUGGAGUGCCCCCACACACACACACACAGGGAAGGACGCUUGGAGUGCCCCCACACACACACACAGGGAAGGACGCUUGGAGUGCCCCCCCACACACACACACAGGGAAGGACGCUUGGAGU